AUGUCUGUACAAGAAGAAGCUGCCAUCGAUAGGGCCAAACCAACCAUGAGCGUCGGCCGGUAUUUGGCAACACGCUUGCCAACCCUCAAGCCGCCCAUGGACCACACCAUUGCUCCAUGGACUGCCUUUCGGAUGCUCAACAAGAGGCAGUGGAAUUCCUUUCUUUGCGCGUGGUCCGCCUGGGUCUUGGACGCCCUCGAUUUCUUCACUGCGAGCCUUACUGUUACUCAGCUCGCAAAAGAGUUCCACAAGACGAACUCGGACAUCAGUCUUGGAAUUACCCUGGUCCUGAUGCUCAGAUCUGUCGGCUCCGUCCUGUUUGGCGUAUGGUCCGAUCGGUUCGGACGACGCUGGCCCUUCCUCUUCAAUCUCUUUCUGUUCGCAGUUAUAGAGCUGGGUACUGGCUUCGUCACGACCUAUUCUCAGUUCUUGGCUUGCAGGGCGUUAUUUGGUAUUGCCAUGGGUGGCAUCUAUGGGAAUGCAGCUGCGUUCGCUCUAGAAGACGUCCCAAAAAGCGCUCGUGGUUUAAUGUCAGGCUUGUUCCAAGCCGGAUAUCCUAUAGGAUACUUGCUCACGACGGUAUUUUCGCGGCUUUUUUUAUUUGAAACGCCCCAGACUUGGCGAUCGCUGUUCUGGUUCACUGCCGGUUUGCCUAUUCCCAUUAUGAUAUGGAGAUGGUUCCUCCCUGAGACGCAAGCCUAUCAAGAACGCGAGGCUCUCGCCAAGUCCAAGGCGGCAAAAGCGUCGGCAUUCUAUAGAGAAGGCGCCAUGGCAAUAGCAAACCACAAGUUGAUUCUCGUAUAUCUCAUUGUGCUUAUGGCAGGAUGCAACUUUAUGACUCAUGGCGCCCAGGACUUUUAUCCUACCCUUCUUAUAUCGCAGUACGGCUUUACAGCUGACCAGGUGACUAUUACGCAAGUCGUAGCCAACAUUGGUUGUGCUUCUGGCGCAAUAGCUGGUGGCUAUCUAUCUGAAAUCUUUGGACGGAGAUUUACUGUCAUCUGCUUCUGUGUUUUGGCUGGUACACUUUGCUAUCCAUAUGCUUACACCAGCACUCUAGCCGUCGCGGCGCCGGCCUUCUUCCUGCAAUUCGGAAUCCAAGGGGCUUUCGGCAUCAUGCCGACACACCUUAUGGAGAUGGCUCCCCCGGUCAUUCGCACGUUUGUAGUUGGUACAACUUACCAGCUCGGUAAUCUUGCCUCCAGCCCUGCUGCCCAGCUGCAAGCCAAAAUUGCCGAAGAGUAUUUCCCUCUACCCCCUUCAAAAGCAGGUGUGGCUCGGUAUGACUACGGAAAGGUGAUUUGCGCUGUAGUCGCAGCCUCGGCCGUUUUCGUUAUAGCCGUUGCUUUCCUGGGUACAGAGAACAAAGGACGGUCGUUUGAUGUCUCGGGCGAAGCUAGUGACAACCAAAGUAUCAUGAUCAAGCACGAGACGCCUUCUGGGUAUCAUAAAGAGAUUGCUUAG